CCGCAGGCCGAGCGGCCGCCCGAGCCGCGGAAGGAGGUCCUCAGCCCGGCUUUUGAGAUGAUGGGAUUGGGAAACGGGCGCCGCAGCAUGAAGUCGCCGCCCCUCGUGUUGGCUGCCCUGGUGGCCUGCAUCAUCGUCCUGGGCUUCAACUAUUGGAUUGCGAGCUCGCGAAGUGUGGAUCUCCAGACGCGGAUCGUGGAGCUGGAAGGCAGGGUCCGCAGGGCGGCCGCGGAGAGGGGCGCCGUGGAGCUGAAGAAGAAUGAGUUCCAGGGAGAGCUGGAAAAGCAACGGGAGCAGCUCGACAAAAUCCAGUCCAGCCACAACUUUCAGCUGGAGAGCGUCAACAAGCUGUACCAGGACGAAAAGGCGGUUCUGGUGAAUAACAUCACCACGGGUGAGAGGCUCAUCAGAGUCCUGCAGGACCAGUUAAAGACUCUGCAGAGGAAUUAUGGCAGGCUGCAGCAGGAUGUCCUCCAGUUUCAGAAGAACCAGACCAACCUGGAGAGGAAGUUCUCCUACGACCUGAGCCAGUGCAUCAAUCAGAUGAAGGAAGUGAAGGAGCAAUGUGAGGAGCGAAUAGAAGAGGUCACCAAAAAGGGAAAUGAAGCUGUAGUUUCCAGAGACCUGAGUGAAAAAAAAGACCCAAGUCAGCAGCUCCAAACUCUCAGCAAGCCUCAGCCCAGGCUGCAGGGAGCAGGCCUGCUACAGGCAGAGGUGCCACAAAGGGAAGGAAACACACCCAGUGAUGGUGAGUCCCAGAUGCCAACCCCCAGUUCUAAGGUGGCUUUGGAAUUGAAGAGUCGAGGUAAGAAAGAGGAAACUAAUGAGAUCCAGUUUGUCAGCGAGAAGGAGCCUCAGAGGGACAGCCUGGGGCUGCCACAGGAGCCAGGCCAGGAGCAGGCUGUGGAGGACAGACCUGUGGGCGGAAGAGACUUGGGGAGAGCCAGAGAACUAAGCCGAACCCCACAAGUACCAGCUGCCCUGUUGCUGAGCCAGGAAAAUCAGGAGACUGAAGACCCUGAGCGGGACCAGCUUGUCAUUCCCGAUGGGCAGGAGGAGGAGCAGGAUGCUGCUGAGGAAGGGAGAAACGAGCAAAAACUGGGAGGAGAUGAUGACUACAACAUGGAUGAAAAUGAGGCGGAAUCUGAAACAGACAAACAGGCAGCCCUUGCAGGGAAUGACAAAAACCUAAAUGAAUAUUUCCUCAGAAAUACCUUCCAGUUCACAAAGUUUUCUUCAGCUAUACCUUAUCUGCUCUUUAACUGGUAAGUUUUUUAGUUAUUUUUUUCUGCAGGUGCUCAUUCAUGGUAACUUGCUUGCUUGUGUGUUUUGUGCUUUUUAACUGUGAGCUACUAGUUUUCUUGGGACUUUUUCUGUGGUCUUUAAGGGUUGAGUUAGUUACAUUUCACUGAAUGUGGUGGCCCUACCAGUUGAAAUGAGGGCACUACAGACUCACAGCCUCCUUAAAGUAAAUUCUCUAAGUUUUUUGGAUCAUAUAGGAAAUGUGAAUUCAAAUUAUAAACCUUCAGACAUCUUGUGGUUAGUCCUCAUGUGGUUAAGAUGCCCCCCCAUUUCACACACAGGGCUUUCUUUGCUGUCCCAUUUUCAGGUUAGCUUUUUUCCCAUUAUCUUUCAACCAGGGAUACGAGCCUUUGUGUGUCUGUGUGUGUGUGUGUGUGUGUGUGUGUAGGGUCUCCUACUUGACACCCCACCUUGAGUAUAGCCCAAGUUGUUAGUUUCUGUACCCCUGCACCUUUUGAAGCUAUGAAGGGAGAAGCCUAGUAUCUUCAGGCCUCAGUGUCAGGGCCAAUGCUGGCUUUGAUGCUUACCUUCCCUUCAUUUUUGGCCUUGCAGAUGCCUUCUUUUUUUACCAUAUGGGCAAUGCAUUAUUUUUAAUGUUUUAGUAUUUAAAAAAAUUUUUUUAAGUUUUCAUUUUGAAAUGAUUUAGAUUUUAAAGUACAGUAAACAAGAAUUUCUGUAUACUCUUCAUCAGGGUUUCCCCAAAUGUUAACAUCUUAUAUAACCACAGUACAAUUACCAAAAUAAGGAAAUUAAUGUUGAUAUAAUGCUAUUAUCUAAUCCAUAGACUUUAUUCAAAUUUAAUGAAUGUCCAACUAAUCUUUUUUCUCAUCCAAGAUUUAAUCCAGGAUCACACACACUGCAUUUAUUGUCAUACCUCUUUAGUGUCCCUUAAUCUGGAGCUGUUUCUGUCUUUAUCAUUCAUUUCGUCCAUUUUUUUUUUUUGAAGUACAAUGGCCCAGUUGUUUUGUAGACAGUCCUUUAAUUUGUGUUUGUCCGAUCCAGCAAUGCAUUCUUAAACAUUGUCUUUUGUAUUUAUCCGGGAUGUCAGUUGUUUCAGUUGGCACAGUUGUUUGGAGUUUCUAGAAAUGUAAGUCCUAACUUGAUUUUUAAGUUAUUUUUCAAGGACUUUGAGGUAAUUUUUUUUAAAAGGCAAAAAACUAACACAUUAGCAGUAAGAAUAAGUAAAUAUAGAGUCUCUCCAUCUUUCUAUUCUUGGUGUCAUUUA